AUGACAGUGGACCAUUCAUACCAACGACCAUUCCAUGUUAGUAAAUCCCUGCGUGAGCUUAUUCGAAAACCGCGGCAACAGAAAAAACAGCACGAUUUGACACUACCAUUACCGUCACUUCCUGAUGACGCCGGUACACCCAACGACUAUGUUUAUGAUAUUUUAUACGAGUGUCAAAGAGGGUCGUGGAUGGUCGGCUAUAGCUCCAAAACGCUUUUACAGUUCGAUGCGAGUCCAUGGUGUGACGCCAACAUGGAAUAUACCCCGAUGGAUACUAAAACUUAUCAAUUACCGGAUCCAACAUGGCAAUGGGUCAGCAAAGAAUGGAUGGUCGAUAUGUCAGGUGAUGUCGAUGAAGCUGGAUGGCAGUACUCAUUAAAGUUCCACGGAGCGGUCUGGCACGGAAACUAUAAGCACUUUCGAUCGUUUGUUCGACGUCGACGAUGGAUCCGUUUACGACGUCGAUUGCCACAACACACCGCUGAUUCGCAAGCGAUGCAACAACUGAAGAGGGAUAGUGUUAAGCUUGUGGAUGUCGAUAAUAUUGCUGACUACGACGAUGAAAACAACGACAUGAUUGAUAAACCUAGACGUACUUCAUCCAUGGCAUCGUCAUCAUCGUCCGUGGCCAGUCAUGAAGAAUUGGUCAAUGCAUUGGGCGCUUGUCGACUGGAUCGGGAGCGGCUCGUAGUUUUUGAAAGGGCAUUAUCCAUAUCAAACGCAUCGAAACGUUUGUUCAAUGCGCAGGUAUUGAACAUGUUUGAUUUCCAAUCCUCAAAAUGCUUGGUAUUACGGCGAAUACUCGAAUUACGAUACAGUUCACACAAUCCAGCACCAUCAUCUUCGCUUAUACAAUUGACAGCAGAAGAAAAAGAAUUAUUACAAACACUUGGGUUUUAUUCAGAUAUGCAGAAUAUCAUUGACGAAUUCGAAGAUUCCCACUAA